UGCCUGACUCGCUGGGUUACUCCAGCAUUUUGUGUAUAUCUUAAAAAAAAAUAGCAUGUACAAUGGUGAUAUGGAACUCCGCCUUGUAAAAACACUUCAUUCGUUUCUCUGUUGUCAAACUCUUUAUUCUACUGUAUAUUCAACACUUGCUAAACAGAAACAUUCUUUACUUCAACACCGGGAAAUGUUAAGAAUCACCUCAGUCUCUAACACCGACUCCCAGUUCCUGGAGUUAUAUAAUUCGUAGAAAAAAAAGUUUCACAAUUCAAUUCAAUUAACUUUUUUUUCCGGCCCUUCGAGCCUGCACCGCCAUUCAAUAUGAUCAUGGCUGAUCAUCCCACUCAGUAUCCUGUAUCCUCAGUAGCCUUCUCUCCAUACCCCCUGAUCCCUUUAGCCACAAGGGCCACAUCUAACUCCCUCUUAAAUAUAGCCAAUGAACUGUGGCCUCAACUACCUUCUGUGGCAGAGAAUUCCAGAGAUUCACCACUCUCUGUGUGAAAAAUGUUUUCCUCAUCUCGGUCCUAAAAGAAUUCCCCCUUAUCCUUAAACUGUGACCCCUUGUUCUGGACUUCCCCAACAUCGGGAACAUACCUUGUUCACAUACCCAGCAACACAACACAAUAUACCACACACAUCACAUACCAGCAGUCCAACAGUGGUCAGUAGGUAAAACUUGCAAAGCACAAUACAUGAAGAAUAGGCAAUAAAAACAUUAAAAUAAUGUAAAAAUGUAUAUAUAGAUAAAUGAAUAACUAAUUAGAUCACCUAUUCGUCAGUCUAAUUGAUGUAGGCACAAAACUCGACAUGGCUCUGAAUGUGAGUGACCUGUAUCUCUGGCCUGAGGCUAGAAGACUGUAUUGGCUGUGCAGUGAGUGAGUGGUGUCUGAGGCUAUUUGUGUUCCUUUUAGUUUAGUCCUUCUAUUGUAAAUGCUGAUCAAUGGUUCCUGCUCCAGUCCGAUUAUUUUACUGCUCAUUGAUAUGAUUUUGUUUAGUGGGUUGCGAUGGAUGUUGGAUAGUGACCAAAACCAGGCUGACAUAUUGAAGCGAAAGGGAAUGGAUUUGAGGUUCACAUAAACACAGACACUCCAGCUGUGGAAUUCGGGGGCUCUUUGAAUGUGAACUGCAGAACCACAUGUUUAAAUCCUGACAUAAACAUGGAACUAAAACCAGGGCUAGAUAAAUACUGCAAUAAAGUUAACAACUCAAACACAUGCCAAUUCCCAGCUGUGAUGAGGUGGGAUUUACCAAUGGUUUGCAGUGUAUUGUGCAAAUCUGAAAACAAUACUACAGUUGAGAACAAAACAGUGAUCAUUGUGUACAAUCGAGAUCUUGUCAUUGCACCACAUCCAAAGGUGAUGGAAAUUAACAAAACAUAUCAGCUUCAAUGCACCGGUCCAAGAGUGUAUCCAAACACCAAGCUCCAUCUCAAGUGGCUCAGAGGGAGCAAAGUUGUGAAAUCAGUUCACCCAACGGAACAAAAGUUUCCAGACGAUGUGACUCCGGUGGUCAAUAUUCUCAAUCUCAAUGCAAGCAUGGCUGAGGAUGGACAAGUGUACACAUGCUUGGCAGAGCUGGACUUGGACACAAAUACCACAAAAGAAAUCGAAUCCUCCUCCGUGACUCUGCAAACCUACUCUUUUCCAAAGCCUCCUAGAAUCCUCAACAGAAAGCCCAUUGAAGUGAAUGAGGAGGCCACGUUGGAAUGUGAGGUCCAAAAUGUCUAUCCAGCUGAGAAGUUGACUGUAACAUGGUUUCACAAUGAAGAAGAACUGAAGCCAGUUACAAAGACGUCAUCAUCCCACGAUAUCUGGGCAACAACAACAUGGACACCACAAGACACAGGACUGACUGAAUUCACCUGCAGAGCAGAUUUUGAGGAUUAUCCAUUAAAUCUAACAAGGAGUGCCAACAUUUCCAUUGAGGUGUACGUUUUCUCCGAACCUGUAAUCCAAGCAUCACUGACCAUCAUUGAUGGAAAACCGGUGAAUAUUACCUGCAGUGUGUUUAAUGUCUCGGGAGAACUUCAACUUACACUGAAGAAUGGGAAUAUGUCUUUGCCAAGCGAGUCAUCCAGUACAGAGCACACUAUCUACCACACUUUGCAUCCAAAGAUGGAGAUGAAUGGACAGCAGUUGACUUGUGUGGCUAAACUGACACUCCAAAAUCACUCUGAACCCAUUGUUAAGCAACAGAAUAUCACACUCAAUGUGCAAAGUGAAGAAUCGUCAUGGGUGAUCAUCAUCAUCUUUUCAAUUGUGGGGGCAAUAAUAAUAAUAAUAAUAAUGGCAAUAAUCUGCUAUUGCCGGAUCGACAGAGCUCGGAAAACAGGAGAAUAUAAUGUACUGAAUCCAACACCCAGCAGAAACCAAGAAAUCCCUCGUGUGAAUGAACCUCUGGACAUUUUUCCUUUGCAGGAAGUGAUUUCAAACGGCAAUGACAAUAACUCACAGACUGGACCAAAUAAUAAUAGUUGUAUUACACCUGUGAGUUAGACGGACAUAUCACAACAAUUGUCUGAAUAUUGUUACUGAGGCGGCUCCUGAUGCAAUGUUACAGUCGACUGAUGGCACUUACUCUAGGAAAUGUAACAACAAAUGUAACAACAGUUCAUUCUCAGGAAUGUUCUGAAUUUUGGGUCGUUUUUGUGUCCAUUUGUCAAACUCUGAACUGAUACCAGAACGCUGGCAUCAAAGCCAGCUGUGCACUGAGAACAUCAGAGCCAUGCGACUUUUCUUCCCAUUGAUGGGAAUGGACAUUGGAUCACACACUUGGUGCAAUAAUCUUUCCAAGGUGAACUACUUGCUUAAAUUACGUGAAUGUUGUCUGAUAAAAUAUUGUCAUAAAUGGAUAAAAUGUGAGUCGAUGCCUUUUCCUGUAUUCUUACCCUCUUGCCUAGGGAGGAACUGCAGAUGCUGGUUUAAACCGUAGACAGACACAAAAGGCUGGAGUAACUAAGCGGGUCAGGCAGCAUCUCUGAAGAAAUUGAAUAGGUGAUGUUUUGGGUCGAGACCCUUCUUCAGUUUGAAGAAGGGUUUCAACCCGAAACGUCACCUAUUUAUUUUCUCCAGAGAUGCUGCCUGACCCUCUGAGUUACUCCUGCCUUUUGUGCCUGUCUUCUCUUCCUAUUGUUUCAUUAUUGCCAUACUCUCAUCCCUUCCUAUCCCUGUAACCUCCUCCAACUACACAAUGCUCAGUAUUCAUUCAUGUCCAUUUACAAAUUCUUAUUCAUCCUGAUUUCCACUCGUGAGAGUAAAUCAAAUGAUCUCUCUGCUAGAGUAAUCAGUGGAAUUGCACUUAGUGCUCUAGAAUACUGCAUUCCAGUAUUAUACAUGACAGGUUUGCACCCUAGUGUUACACAAUGACAGACCUGUCCCCACCAGUAUUGUACCCCAGUGACAGAGUUAUCCCCAUCAGUACUGUACCCCAGGGUUACACGGUGACCGACCCAUCCCCACCGGUACUGUACCCCAGUGUUGUACAGGUACAGACCCGUCCCCACCAUUACAGUACCCCAGUGUUGCACGGUGACGGACCUGUCCCCGCCAGUGCUGUAUCCCAGUGUUACACAUUUACAGACGUGUCCCCUCCGUUACAGUACCCCAGUGUUAUACAGUGACAGACGUGUCCUCACCAGUCCCGUACCCAAAUGUUACACAGUGAUAGCCUCUUGUCUAUUUGCAUAGUUGUAGUGUUUACCUUUUUCACUUUCUUACUUACUUUUCAUGCUAAUUCAAUUCUAACUCCUCGAUCCAUUUUUGACUCCCCCCCAUUUCAGCAGUACCCCGAUAAUCAGGCUAGCACUUUUCACAGGUUGGGCCUCCUGAUGUUAACGACACUGUAGACUCUAUCAAGCAAAUUGUUUAUACUGUAUUAUAUUGUGCCUGUUAUAGCAUUAAUUUCACAGUCAUAUAUUAGACUUUUGUUGCCGCUGGUUCCUGAAUACAUACUGUGUAUUUCACUGCAUUUACAGCCUAAAGCCAUUUCUUGUCAAGACAAUUUUUCCAACGAUGCUACUUAUAUUUGUAACCACUAAAUGAAGAUGUAGGUAAUGAUAUAACAAGGGCUGUUUCUAGUGAUACAUUUGUACAAGUAAACAGAAUAUAUCUUUGAAUAAAAUAUAGCUUAUUGGUGAAGCAAUAUUAAAUACAAAUGUUGGAAAAAAGAACCUAUUCACAUCAGUGUUGGCAUUGAAAGUAACUACAGCUGUUUUCUCACAGCAUUGGCCACAGUCAUAGAGUGAUACAGUGUGGAAACAGGCCCUUCGGCCCAACUUGCCCACACCGGCCAACAAUGUCCCAGCUACACUAGUCCCACUAGCCUGCGGUUGGUCCAUAUCCCUCCAAACAUGUCCUAUCAAUGUCCUGUCCUGUCUAACUGUUUCUUAAACGAUGGGAUAGUCCCAGCCUCAACUACCUCCUCUGGCAGCUUGUUCCAUACACCCACCACCCUUUGCGUGAAAAAUUUCACCCCUUGGAUUCCUAUUAAAUCUUUACCCCUUCACCUUGAACCUAUGUUCUCUGGUCCUCGAUUUCCCUACUCUGGGCAAGACUCUGCAUCUACCCAAUCUAUUCCUCUCAUGAUUUUGUAUACCACUAUAUGAUCUAUGGUACACCUCUAGAAGUCUCCGCACAUACUGUCCUCUGCUAAAGUUUUCCUACAUCUCUGGAUUGUAUAUUUAACACUGCAACAGAGCCAGCCACUCAUUGUUUCUGUGGUCAAUCAGCUCAACUACAUCAAGUUCCUUCAGUUGGGACCUAUGACCCCUACGCCUACAGAAGCUAUGAUUCCAGGAAUAGACGAUAACUCCUUACAAGGUAUAGAAGCUCGGCCCUAUAUAUAUAUCAUCCUAUAGCCUAUUCAACAACACCAUCAGCGUUUGCCUCAUCUGUAAGCUGACUCCUCAGACUUCCUACAUUCAUAUCCAAGCUGUUCAUGUAUAGAAUGUCAGCACUAGUCGUUGUGGUACAUCACUGGUCAUGUGCUUGCAUCAACAAAGCCCAUACUCUUCAUCACCCAUGUAUCUCGUCAUACCAAGUCACUUUUGAAUCUAAUUUGGCGGCUUGCCCUCGACCCCGUGGACAUGUCCUUCACCCACACCGCUUGUCAUCUACAUUUACGGGCGGCAUGGUAGCGCAGCGGUAGAGUUGCUACCUCACAGCCCAGAGAUCCGAGUUUAAUCCUGAUUACAGGUGAUGUAUGUAUGGAGUUUGUACCUUCUCUCCGUGACCUCCAUGUCUCGGCCAGUGCAUUGUGUAAGUGUCCAACACAGACAGCACACAUUACGCUGGUUCUCUCAGUGAUCUCACUAUUGGUAGAGGUGACCUAACUUUAAGGGGAUGAAAAUAUAACCAAAGUGUACAGACUUUUAAACACAGGCUGGCUACGUUCCUACCAGGCUGGAGUUUAGUCUAAUGUCACGUGUACCGAGGUACCGAGAAAAGCCUUUGUCACGUGCUAACCAGUCAGUGGAAAGACAAUACAUGAUUACAAACGAGUCGUCCACAGUGUACAGAUACACGAUGAAGGGAAUAAUGUGAAUAACAUUUAGUGCAAGAUAAAGCCAGUAAAGUCCGAUCAAAGAUACUCUAAUAAUAAACUAAACACACACAAACUCAAAAAAGCAGCAUUUAUUGAGAGGAUUCAAAUGUGGCAUUCAAGUUUAUUUUAUACCUUCUGAGUUGUCGAUGUGUUUCUAUCUAUUGGUGUUUGACAUUGAAUUAAAUAACGGAAAUUAAUAGGUGAACAUUCACUUUCAAUCACAAGAGUAAAACUCCUUCCCCUUAGGCAAGAACACUAGCAGCAACAUGCGAGUCAGGUCAGCUGGGCGUGAGAGGGUUGAGAUAUUACAAGUCACAACAGAAGGAUAACUGAAGAAGUCGGAGGUUCGAUCAUCCCGACAAGACGGCCUGUACAUCGGGCCGUCCGUAGAGGCAACUGCGGAGGGUUCAUGGCCCCGAUCACGGAUGAACAAAGAAGGAAGACUGACUGAACGUUAUUGCCUUCCACCACAUGUUCAUGUUGUAUUCUAUUGUGUAUUGUGCUCAUUUUGAUUGUGUGGCUGCAUGGUAAAUCAAAUUCCACUGUACCUUAACUGGUGCAUGUGGCAAUAAAUGUGAACUUGAACUUGAA